CGUGCGAACGCGGCGCCUCGUCGGGGCGCGCAUACGGGUUGGCUAGCAGGUGUCGAGACGCUGCCGGCCUCAACCUGGGCGGAACCCAAGUGGGCGGAGAGGUGGCAAGUGCGCGAGACAGUCACCAGUCCGGGGGCCAAACUACACGACGGCCUCCGAGUCGUUACCCGCACCGGCUCUCUCACUAACUGUCUGACCAAUGGUCUGACCAAUAACUGCGGGCUAGCUACGGGAGGCCUAACUACCGGCGGCCUAGCGGCCAACAGCCUAGCUACGGGUGCCCUCAUCCACCCACCGGGCCACGGUUCCGGUCCCGGUCCGGGCGGCUCCAGCCCCAGUUCCCCGCCCGGUCCACGAAAGUCGGUAACCACGGUUACUUCGACCACGCUCACUGCCAUGGGCGGCGGUCUCGCGGGGUCUGGAGUCGGAGUCGGCUCUGGAACCGCGGCAGUCGGGUCUGGGGUCGGCGGCCGGGCCGUCAUUUCCGGGCC